AUGUUCUCUGCGACACAUAGGCAGUUGGUGCGUGCGGUUGGUCAAAGACACAGUCGCACUGCUCGCCUGCGUCUGGCCCCUGAACCAACAAUGGACCCCGAGCGGGAGCAGCGAGAGCUUCAAAAAACGGCGAACCGCUCUGCCCGCCCACGCAAACCGCGCGCGUCUAUGGGAGGAUUCGACGGGGCUCGUCGGAGUCGUACUUCUACUGCAUCGCGUCGACGCGACGACGUAUUUGCAUCAGAUGAUUCUGGAGGGGAUGUUAAUUCGGACUCUGAUGAUGGAAUAGGCGCUAGGAAGAAAACGCAGUCGGCUCCCAAACGUGGGGGAGAGUAUGUGGCAGAUGACUUCGUCGUUUCGGACGAGGAUGACGCGGAUGAUGGCGGGUCGCCUAAUGGGAAGCGCAGGAAGGGACAUGACGAUGGUAUGGAUUCACUUGAUGAAGCAGAGGAGAAACUCGAGCGGGAGGCUGCCAAGCGUCGGAAGAAGGAAAGAGCGUCCGGAAAGGAAGACGCUGAUCUGGAUCCCGAGGCCGAUGCUGACGAAGAUGUGGAUAUGGAUGACAGUGCAGAAGAUGAGGAGGCUAGUAUUCGUAAGGCUGGUGGUAAAACAAGAAACAGGAGGCGGACGGUAGCUCUAGAUGAUGAAGACGAAGACGAAUGA